GCAGUCACAGCCACUAGCUCGCUGCAACAGAACCGCGCUGUCCCGGGCACCCCAGAGCACCGCGACGGUGGACCUGGGACCUCGAACCUAAGACGAGCGCGACGAGCGCGCGCGAGCCAGCCACUAGGAACGCUUACAUUUCUGCAGGAAAAAGGAAAUGAAACCAGAGACAGAGGGAAGCUGAGCGAAAAUAGACCUUCGCGAGAGAGGAGGGAGCCCGGGGAGAGCCGCGCGGUCCGCUCCCCGCCCCCAGGCCGCCGCCCCCCUCUCUGCCCUCGGCGCCCCGACCCCGACGAAGGUGCGAGGGGAUCGGGGCGGCCGGGCGGAGCCUGCGACUGCGCGCGAUCGGGACCGGGCGGCGGCGGCGGCUGUGGUGACGGCAGCGGGACCGGGAUGGAAGGGAGCGCGGUGACUGUCCUUGAGCGUGGAGGGGCGAGCUCGCCAGCGGAGCGACCGAGCAAGAGGAGGCGCAGGAGCGGCGGCGCCCGAGCACCCGAGGGGGUCCGAGUCCAGGCAGCCGGCCAGGCACGCGCCACAAAGGGAGCGCCCCCGCCACCCGGCACGCCGCCUCCCUCCCCAAUGUCCUCGGCCAUCGAAAGGAAGAGCCUGGACCCGUCUGAGGAACCAGUGGAUGAGGUGCUGCAGAUACCCCCAUCCCUGCUGACAUGUGGUGGCUGCCAGCAGAACAUAGGGGACCGCUACUUCCUGAAAGCCAUCGACCAGUACUGGCACGAGGAUUGCCUCAGCUGUGACCUCUGUGGGUGCCGGCUGGGAGAGGUGGGGCGGCGCCUCUACUACAAGCUGGGACGGAAGUUGUGCAGGAGAGACUACCUCAGGCUUUUUGGUCAAGACGGUCUCUGUGCUUCGUGUGACAAGCGGAUCCGUGCCUAUGAGAUGACGAUGCGAGUGAAAGACAAAGUGUAUCACCUGGAGUGUUUCAAGUGUGCUGCCUGUCAGAAGCAUUUCUGUGUAGGUGACAGAUACCUUCUCAUCAACUCCGACAUAGUGUGUGAACAAGAUAUCUACGAGUGGACUAAGAUCAAUGGGAUGAUCUAGACCAGAGUCCCUGGCACCCUGAGGAGGUGUUCGAUGAAAAACACUGUCUCAGUGGGGGGUCUUCAUUCUUAGGCACUUUGGGAACCUGAGGGUGGGUGAGGCAUUUCUUAGGAGAUUGUGGGCUCUCCUUGGGCACUAAGACAUAGCAUCCACAUGACAUAAUGCAAAGGCUUCAGUGACAAAAGGACCAGCCCUUAGAGAGAAUUUAUGGUCACAGACUAACCAUAGUAACUGACAAGAUUAGUGGAGGAAAUAUUUGGGGACCAGCAUGCACUGUGCCAUCAUGAUAGGAUUUCCCAGAUAGGCAGUGUUGGGUAUAGAUUAGGUGUGGCUGUGGCAUUUAUGAACUAGAGAUGUGCAACUAAUUUCCUCCUGGCUUUGGAACAACCCUAUUCUAACCACUGUCCUUCAUACUAGGGAAGGAAAGAAAGAGAAGAGUCAUUCUUUUCUUCUUGAUCACUUUCCCAUGGCCUCAAACACUGGGGCCAGGGGAAACUGCAUGGAAAUACAUUUCAGUUGGGAAUGAAGUACACAUCUUUCAAUCAAACAAAUAUUUAAGGCAAUGUUGAUGGCUCACUGGUUUAGACACCUUCAUUGAAGCAAGGCACCCCACAGAUUGUUUCUAUACAAAUGUAAAUCCUAAGAAGUCAAAGUUGUUCAACUAUUUUAUUAUCUUAGAUUAUAUCAAGGUAUUUGUUGUGUGUCAUUAAAACAAACAAACCUCGAUUUGGAGACUUAAUAAAAUGACAAGCUAAAA